CUUUAAAGAAUUAUGGAAAAACGAGCGCUGGAUGAUCUUGUUGAAGAAGGUUCAAUUAAAGAGAAAGUUUAUGGAAAGCAAAAGGUUUAUGUUUAUGACCAGACUAAGCUCCCUUUAUCCGAUGAAAGUGAGAUAAGAAAGAUGGAGGCUCAAAGUGCAAAUUUAUCAGUUGAAUUAACAGAAGAACAAAAGAAAUUGAAAAGUGUAAUUGAGGAACUUAAAAAGAUCACUUCUAGUCUUACAAAGGAAGAAGCAGAAAAAGAGCUUGCUCAAGUAAAGGAGAAGCUAAACGAAAUCGAAACGGAAGUAAAAGCACUCAAAGCUAAAGGACCAGGUAUCUCUGAAGCUGAUUUGAAACUGGUCUCUGAAAAUCAUACGAAAAUGAUCAGCGAAUGGAGGAAACGUAAGCGUAUCGCAAUGAAUAUUGUUGAUGCUGUGGCUGAAAGUUAUCCUUCCAGCAAGAAGCAGUUAAUGUCUGAUAUAGGUAUAGAAACAGAUGAAGACCGUGGGAUUACAAUACCAAAAUGAAAUCAGAAGUUGGUUAUCGGAAAGCCCAAGCCUAUUCGCAUUUGAUAUUUUCUUUAUACCGUUAGCUUAUUUUAAAAAGUGAUUCAAUCCCAAGGGUAUUUCGAUCUUUGUUCAACUGGUCGCUUCGUUUCUAUUGUAUUCACUGGAUCAUUUUAAAAAAGUUACAUAAACUUGAUGCAUUUUUUUAUCUUUAAUGGCUUCAUUCCAAUAGUGUCUUUUAAAUAAUCAAUAUUUUACGAUUGAACGAGUUAAAUUACCG